AUGGCUAAAGAACUGAUUCGAGGAGGAUAUGAGAAAGGCAAGGGCCUCGGGCGUAACCUACAAGGGGUUUUGGAACCAGUAGAGUUUCAAGGAAAGAAAGACACCUUCGGAUUAGGGUUUCAACCUACUGCCAAGGAUAAGAAAGAAAUGAUGAAUCGCACGAGGGCAGAGAAGGAAGGGAGGCAACUUAUCAUGAGCAUCCCACCAUUGUACUGUACUUUUCCUUAUCCAUCGGAAGUAAUUAGAUCUGGAGUGGACCCGAUCAAAGAAGUGGAUGUUGGAUUGUUUGAGCUAUUUGUGGGGGUUGCUUCUGAGGAGGAGCCGUUGGAGGACCCAGAAUUUCCAGAGAUGCCUAUUGAAGCAAUGAAAAAUUGGACCAAAAUUCAAGACGAGAGCGAUAACGAGGAAGAAUCUGACUCUUUAUUAAAGAAUCUUGAACAAUAUGAAGAGAAAUCCAAAUCGAACUUAGAAGAAACAGAAGUUGUUAAUAUUGGCACUGAGAUUGAGGUUAAGGAGAUAAAAAUUAGCAUUCAUUUAAAUAAGAAACAAAGAAAAGAGAUGAUUGAGUUUUUGACCCUGUUUCAAGAUGUGUUUGCCUGGUCCUAUGAUGAUAUGCCUGAAAUUUCAACAGACAUAGUGGUCCAUCGAUUACCGACUGAUCAAAAUUUUCCACCAGUGAAGCAAAAACCUCGCAAGUUUAAGCCAGAUAUGAGCCUCAAAAUCAAGGAGCAGAUCGAGAAGCAGCUCAAUGCAAGAAUCAUUAUGGUGUCUCAUUAUCCCAUUUGGCUUUCAAAUCUGGUACCUGUUUCGAAGAAAAGUGGAGAAGUACGAGUCUGUGUUGAUUAUAGGGAUCUUAAUAAGGCCAGCCCGAAAGAUGAUUUUCCGUUGCCGAACAUUCAUAUCCUUCUGGACAAUACCGCAGGACUUGAGAUCGAAUCAUUUGCUGACUGUUUUGCUGGGUAUCACCAGAUCUUAAUGGCAGAGGAAGAUAGGGAGAAAACUGCUUUUAUCACGCCAUGGGGGACGAUGGAGGUUUAUGUGGAUGACAUCAUUAUCAAAUCCAAGAGAGCAGAGGAUCAUUUGAUUGACUUGGAAAGAUUAUUUCAAAGAUUGAGAAGAUAUAGUUUGAAAUUAAAUCCUGCGAAGUGUGCAUUCGGGACCCCUGCCGGAAAGUUAUUGGGAUUCAUUGACAGUAAGAAGGGUAUCGAGAUAGAUCCGACAAAGAUUAAAGCCAUUCGUGAAAUGCCAGUACCAAAAACACAAAAGGAUGUGAAGAGUUUCUUAGGGAAGAUUAACUUUAUUGGAAGGUUCAUCGCCCAGUUGACCCACACAUGUGAGCCUUUGUUUAAAUUAUUGAAGAAAAAUGUACCAUUGCAUUGGAGUGAAGAAUGCCAGCAGGCGUUUGAUAAGAUCAAGGACUAUUUGUUGCACCCUCCAGUCUUAGUGCCACCCAAACCCGGUCGACCUCUGAUCAUGUAUCUAUCAGUGUUGGAUGAAGCUAUGGGAUACGUAUUGGGACAACACGACGAGUCGGGGAAGAAAGAACACGCCAUCUAUUACCUCAACAAGAAAUUCACUACGUAUGAGGCCAACUAUUCUUUUCUUGAGAGGAGUUGCUGUGCUUUGGCUUGGGCCACUCAAAAGUUGAGGCAUUACUUGCUUAGUCAUACUACCUACCUCAUUUCCCGCUCCAACCCUUUGAAAUAUUUGUUAGGAAAACCUAUGCCGACAGGACGUAUGGCAAAAUGGCAGAUGGUUCUUUCAGAAUUCGACAUUAUUUUCACUACGCAAAAGGCAAUCAAGGGUCAGGCUGUAGCGGAUCAUUUGGCUGAAAAUCCACUGGAUGAUGAUUAUCAGCCACUUCAUACUUAUUUUUCAGAUGAGGAGGUCCUAUUCGUUGGUACAGCGGAAGACAUGAACGAAAAAUGUUCUGAAUGGAGGCUAUUCUUUGAUGGUGCGUCAAAUUCCUUCGGGGCCGAUAUUGGAGCUAUUCUAGUAUCGCCUGAAGGGAAACAUUAUCCUGGUUCCGCUAAACUACGAUUUCCAUGUACUAAUAACAUGGCCAAAUAUGAGACUUACAUUUUUGGACAAAAAAUGGCAUUGGAAAUGGAGAUCAAUGAUUUAAUAGUAUUCAGUGAUUCCGAUUUGCUCAUACAUCAAACGCUCAAGGAGUGGAUCACUCGGGAUUCAAAGAUCCUGCCCUAUCAUUGCAGUUUACUGGAGUUAGCAAAUAAAUUUAGGAGUUUGGAGUUCCGGCAUAUUCCACGUGUCAGAAAUGUCUUUGCCGAUGCUUUGGCCACUUUAUUUUCAAUUAUUCAACAUCCAGACGAGUUGGUAAUCGAACCUAUCCAAAUUUAUCUACAAGAAAAACCUGCUCAUUGCCUAGUUGUGGAAAAAUCUCCCGAUGGCCGUCUCUGGUACAGCGAUAUCAAGGAAUUUCUUAAAACUGGAUCCUAUCCUCCAGGGGCCGAUACGACUGCUAAGAGCUUCUUGCGCAGAUUAUCUUCCAAAUUAUUCUUAAAUGGAGAGGUGGUAUACAAAAGGACGUCAGAUUUGGGCCUUCUGAGGUGUGUUGAUGAAGAUGAAGCAAAAUACCUGAUGAAAGAAUUACAUAGUGGUGUGUGUGGAUCACAUAUGAAUGGCCAUUUAUUAGCAAAGAAGGUUAUGAGGACCGGAUAUUUUUGGCUUAUUAUGGAGCAUGAUUGUGUAGUUUUUGUUAGGAAAUGCAUCAAAUGUCAAUUGCAUGGAGAUGUUAUGCGCACUCCCCCUACAGAAUUACACAGUAUGACUGCUCCCUGGCCAUGUUCAAUGUGGGGUAUGGACGUGAUUGGAGCCAUUGACCCUCCCACUUCAAACAGGCAUCGAUUUAUUCUGGUGGCAAUUGAAUACUUUACUAAAUGGGUUGAAGCUGAAUCUUACAAGCAUGUGACUAAGAAGGUGGUGACGGACUUUCUAAGGAAGCAUAUCAUUUGUCGUUUUGGAGUGCCAGAGACAUUAAUCACUGACAAUGUCAAGAAUCUCAACAAUGAUAUGGUGGACGGAUUGUGUGAACAGUUCAAAAUCAAGCAUCGGAACUCCUCUAUUUAUAGACCACAGAUGAAUGGAACUGUGGAGGCCGCGAAUAAGAACUUGAAGAAAAUAAUUCAAAAAAUGACUGAAAGACACCGUGAUUGGCACAAGAAGCUCCCUUAUGUGUUAAUGGCAUAUAGAACUGCUAUUCGGACCUCUAUUGGGGCAACUCCCUACAAUCUCAUGUAUGGAAUGGAAGCAAUGUUGCCAGCUGAGGUCGAAAUCCCUUCUUUACGCAUUUUAAUGGAGGCCAAACUGAAUGAGGCUGAUUGGAUUAAACAACGUCAUGAGCAGUUGUCUUUAAUCGAUGAGAAGAGGUUAAAUGCCAUUUGUCAUGGUCAAUAUUAUCAAAAGAGGAUAGCCCGUGCUUACAAUAAGAAGGUCAGGGAACAUACCGUGGUAUACACAAGACCAAAAGAAGAUGAUGAAGAGAGUAUUGCUUCAUGCAAUCAUAUAACUAUAAUUGACGGUGAUUCUCCUGGAGAGAAAGAAGAUGCCGAAGACGCUCCGCCUGAAUUGGAAGUGGGUGUUAAGGCCACUGUGGAUGAUCUAAAGGAAAUCAAUUUUGGUAUUUCAGAGGACCCACGUCCAAUAUAUAUAAGUGCUCUAUUGAGUCCUGAUGAAGAAAAGGCAUAUGUUGACCUCUUGCAAGAGUAUCGAGAUAUUUUUGCUUGA